AUGGCCGCGUUCGAGGUCGCGCCGCCGGCGCCGCUGCUGGCGCGCUUCUGCGCGGACGCCGGCGGCCGAUGGGGGCGGCUGUCGGACGCGGCGCUCGCGGGCGCGCCGGCCGCGCUGGCGGCGGUCGGGGCGGCGGCGCCGGGCGCGGGGUGGCUGGAGGAGUGCGCGUCCGAGGUUCUGCAGAGGGCGCCGGCGAUGGCGCCCCCCCUCCGCUGCCGCGCCGCGUGGGCGCUGGCGACACUGGGUUACGCCCCAUCGGCCGAGUGGCUGGACGCUUUCGAGGCCGCGGCGCUGGGCGGGCGCGUGGCAGCUGCCGCCGCCCCCGCGCCGGCGCCGGCGCAGGACGAGGGCGGCGCCGGCGAGGGCGAGGCUGCGGGCGCAGCUGCGGCUGCGCCUGUGAAAGACGACCCGCUGGCCGGCGCAUCGGCAGGGGAUGCCCUGGACUUGGUGUGGGGCCUGCAGGCGAUGCGGGCCGUGGUUGCAGCGGGCUCAUCCGCGGUCGCGCCGCCGCCGGCCGCGCCGGCGGCGCUGAGGGCGCUGUGCGCGCGCUGCUCGCGCCAGGUCGGCGCGCUCGGCGCGGGGCGCCUGGUCCGGCUGGUCGGUCUGCUGGCGAACGCCAAGCCCCCGCCGGCCGCCGGCGGCGCCGGCUUCUCCGCCCCAGGCGGCCUGUUGGAUGACAUAUCCCGCGCCGCCUCCGCCAACCCGUCCGCGCUCGCCGCCGCCGCGGCCGCGCCCGGGGGCGGCGGGCUGCCGCGGCUUGCGUGGGCGGCGGCUGUGGUUGAGCUGCGGCUCGCCAACAGCGCGAGGGACGAGCUGAUGCGGCGGCUGUACGCGUCGGUGGCGGCCGCCGUCGCCGCCGACACCGCUGCGGCCGGGGAGGCGUCGCAGCAGCAGCAGCAGCAGCAGCAGCAGGGGCAGAUGCCCGUGGGCGACAUGGCGCGCGCGCUCUGGUCCGGCGCGCGCCUCGGCGGCCGCUGGCUGCCCCCGCAGCUCGCCGCCUUCGAGGCCGCGACCGCGCCCCGCCUCGCCGCCCUCGACGGCGCCGGCGCCGCGCUGCUGCUGCGAGGGUUCGCGCUGUCGGGCCACCGGCCGUCGGCGGCGUGGCUGCGCGCAUUCGGGGCCGCCGGGCUUGACGGCAGCCGCCUUCAGGGGCUCGGCUCCGCGGAGGUUCUUUCGAUCCUCUCUGCUCUGCGCGACGCGUCUGUCGCCGGCGGCGGCGUCGGUGGCGGCUCGGGCGGGCGCGGCGCGGCGUCCGCAGCGCUGCCGUCCGUGCCGUGGCUGUCCGCGUGGGCGGCGGCGCUGCCGGCGGAUGAGGUGGUCGCGCUGCCGUCAGAUCACCUGAUCACCCUGCUGCAGCUGUCGGCGCCGAGUUCGAACGGCGACGACGGCGCAGCCCCGUCCGGCGAGCAGGCGGCCAGCGGCGGCGGCGAUCUACACGGCCUGCUGUGCUUGGCGCUGUCGCGCCGCCUGCAGGACCUGAGCGCCUCCGAGCUGUGCGCCGCGCUCGCCGCCCUCGCGCGCUGGGGGCCCCGUGCGCCCGCGGACGCGUCGCUGCUGCCGGCACUGGCCGUGAGAGCUUCCGAGAAGCUUCCGGCGCUCAACGCGGCGCAGGCUGCGGGCCUGCCGCGGGCGUUUGCGGCUCUGGGGUACCAGCCAGGCGAGCCGCUGCAGUCGCGGCUGUGCGGCAGGCUGCUGGAGGGGGCGGCCCAGAUGGAGCCCGCUGAGGCGGCGGAGGUCUUGGCGGCGGUGCUGACAGGCCUCGAGGAGCCGUCAUCAAGCCUGGUGAAGGCCCUCCUGACGGGGCCCCAGCUCAAGGGCCCGCAGCAGCUGCGCGUGCUGACGCUCUCGCCCCGCGGCGCAGCCGCGCUGGUAGACCUCCUGGGGGCGAUGGCGGCGCGCGGGCUGGAGCCGCCGCCGGGGUGGCUCGGGGCCGCGCAGCUGGCGCUGGCCGGGUGCUGCGACAGGUUACCGUCCUCGCGCGGAGUGGCAGCAGCAGUUUGA